AUGCAGUCAAAUGAAGUAAUUCCUGCGCCUAUCAACGUGUCGAUACUCGCUGUUGUCUUCUGCGGCUCGUACCCUGUUAUUCUUUCGUGCAUAAUGUCGGACCCUACGCAGGUUCUUAUCUCUCUAAUAGCGGGGGUGCUGUCUUUUCUGGCGAUUCCCGGAAGAAACUCAAAAAUGAAGCUGCUUGUGUCGACAGUUCUCUCAAUGCUUCUUUUUUUUAUGCCCGAGGGAAAUGUGAGGGCUUUUUUCAUCGGGUUCUCCCAGUCGUACUCGCAGACGGUUGCCGAAAUAUACACAAGCAACCUUUCUCUGGUCUCGUUUCGGGAAAUGUCGGUUUCCCUGCUGGGCAUUCUCACAACUAUGCAGUCCUGUUUUGUUUUCCUGCUUCUGGCGUUUCUUCCGUGGUUUGCGCCUCUGUUCUCUUCCUUUUUUUGCGUGUUUGCCCUUAUUUCUCUGGAGGUGGCGGCGCUGCUUUUGUGCACGCCAACGCCGCCGUCUGAGCUGCUGGAAAACGCGGACGUGUCGAUACUGUACGGGGACGUAUACAAAAAUCUGGCAAGCCUAUUCCGAAACACGCCGUUUGCAUACUUCCACCGAGAGUACACAGCGCUUGUGGUCAAGUACAACAAAAAGCCGAUCGGCACGUAUGCGCGGCUCUGCACAAUUAUAGAGAAGGUCAAUAUAUCCUUUAUCUCCACAGGCGUGCUGGGCCUUCUCUCUACAAUUUCGCACAGCUCAAUAUACCUAUCAAUAUUCAGCUGUGUGAGCAUGUUCAAGUGGAUAUAUGCCAACCGAUAUCCAAAGGACUAUCUCAUACUGAGCAUUGUGUGCAUAUGCCUUGUUCUUAUCUCCAUGGUUCUUUACCAGGUCAAGCCCAUAUUCAUCAUACUUAUGGCGGCCAGCCUGUACCUGGUUCCUUCUAGCACAGGGUACAUAAGCUUGGACAGGUACACCAUAGGCAUUUCGAACACAGUCCGAAACUCGCUGGGAGUGCUUAUAUACAUGCUCCUGCUUAAAGAGCAGUGCGGAAGAUAG